GGCGCAGAACCACGCUGUGAGAAUUCCUUAAAGAGACCACACAAACUAUUCAUUCCUAAAAUGGAGUUUUCAGAGGUGAAGGCAAGAAUCCCGUUCGAGCAGAAACAGCUGGACGGUGUGUUUACUGUCCCCGCUGACGUCAUCACGGGAUGCAGUGCUGUGGUGUUGACGCAUGGCGCGGGGGGAGACAUGCGCGUGACGCAGCUCGAGACCCUCGCGCGCGCUCUCGCCUGUUCAGGUAUACUGUGCCUGCGCUUCACUUGCAAAGGCCUAAACCUGGCGUACAGAAUCAGAGCUUACAGCGCUGCUGUAGAUUACCUAAAGUCCCAUGAGAGAUUUACACCAAACAGUAUUUUCUUGGGAGGACGUUCUAUGGGUGCUCGUGCAGCUGUGGCUGUGGGUCAACUCAAGUGUGUAGAUCAGGAGGAUGCAGUGCAGGGUCUUCUGUGUUUGUCAUUCCCGCUACAUCCACCAGGACAAACACACACACAUAUUCAGCGGAGUAAAGCCCUCCGUGAGCUGUCACACACUCCUGUGCUGUUUGUUUCUGGCACUGCAGAUAACAUGUGUGAACAGAAACUUCUGGAAAAUGUUGUGGGGGUAAUGGAGUGCCCUACUGCCAUUCACUGGGUAAAGGGUGCGAACCAUGGACUCAAAGUACAGGACAGAACAGAAGAAUCUGUGCUGGAGGAAGUCAAUUCACAAAUCAUUGCAUGGAUUCUACAACACAAAUGAAAUGUGCAUUUAUAAUAAUGAUAAUGACGACUGUUAGAUGGACGAAGAUGAAACCAAUUGUGCCUGCGCUUUGAAAACUGUUUAACUUUCUGUACCGUUACAGACCUUGUAUAUAAGAAUA